AUGAUUUCUCCAUCAAUUCAAAAGGAUAUUGUUAAGGCAGCCUCUUUAGAAACCACUAAAGCUAUCUUGACUGAUCUUGGAGAUGAAUUAUUUGCCAUUCUUGUUGAUGAAUCCCGCGACGUAUCUAAUAAGGAACAAAUGGCUGUUGCUUUGCGUUAUGUUAACAAAAAUGUAAUUAUUAUUGAGAGUUUUUUGGGCAUUGUUCAUGUUAAAAGUACAACAACAAUAGCUUUGAAAGUGGUUGUUGAAGAGUUGUUUUGCAAACAUGGUCUUACUACUUCAAGAAUUCGUGGACAAGGUUAUGAUGGCGCUGAUAACAUGCAAGGAGAAUUCAGUGGUCUAAAAAGUUUGAUCUUAAGUGAAAAUCCAUCUGCAUUCUAUGUACAUUGUUUUACGCAUCAAUUACAACUCACAUUAGUUGUUAUUGCCAAAGAUCAUCUUCAAGUUUGUGGUGUUUUUAACUUAGUGUCUACUUUAAUAAAUGUUGUAGGGGGAUCUUGCAAACGGCAAGACAUGCUUCGUGAAAGACAAAUAGAGAAUAUUAGAGAAGCAUUAGGAAAAGGAGAAAUUGCUAGUGGGCAAGGUCUGAAUCAAGAAGCGAAUAUGAAACGAGCCGCCGAUACUCGGUGGAGUUAUUAUUUUGCUACUUUGACCAAUUUGAUAUUGAUGUAUGAUUCUAUCUUGGGUAUUUCAAAUGAAUUGUCACAGGCACUACAAAGAAAAGAUCAAGAUAUCGUCAAUGCUAUGAAAUUGGUUGACAUCACAAAACAGCGGUUACAAGCUUUAAGAGAUGAUGGAUGGAAAUAUUUAGUGGAUGAGGUAACUUUAUUCUGCAAUAUGCAUGACAUUCACAUUCCAAACAUGGAUGAUAUAUACUUUCCGGGAAGAUCACGCCGUGGAAGUAAUGUCGAGUCUAUCACAAUAGAGAAAACAUUAUCGUAUUGA